UAUGUAAUUACAGAAAAUAAUAGGCAAUAUAUAACUCUGAAGUUGCUAAUGUUUGGAAUUGCAAAUCUAAUGGGCGAUAGACUACAAAGAUUCUUCGGAAUAUUACCUUUCCUUGUUAAUGGCUGUACGUGUGUUCUCAUUGUUGUGUCAUUGUCAACGACCGGAUGGUUUUAUCAUAAAGAUUCGAGUUAUGGAUUAUUUCAAAGAUGUUGGAUUACGGAAUCGGGAAGACGAGAUUGUAAAAAUUUAGACGGUGGAACAGCAGAGAAAACAGCUUCAAUAUGCCUGCUGGUGUCAUUAGUUCUGCAUUUUGUGGCAACUGUAGUUUCAUUUCUUGGACAUGUUGAAAGUCGUAAAAAGAAUUAUAAAAUUGCCGGAGUUUUUUCUACGAUUGCAGUUUUCGUCAUUUGUGGAGGUUCCGGUACAUACGCGGGAAUGGCGAUUUUGUAUACUGAAUUCACACUGAGAUACAGUUUUUAUGUAUCAGUGGGAGCUGUUGGAAGUUCACUUUUCUCAACUAUACUUUCCUUCUCUAUGCUGAGAUUCGAUGAAAAUCCGAAAAAGAUCAAUAUCAACGAAUCUCUUACAGAAGUUACGGUGUUAACAUGAAGCAUUACAUGGACAUUGAUUUCUGCAGAGGUAGAAAUCGAAUGUAAUACAAUGUGAAUUUCGCGAGAAGCAAAAAAGAAAUGCUACAGAAGAGAACGACAAUGUAGAGAGAUUCAGUGCCGGUGUGAUAUUGGUGAAAACAAAUCGAACUAAUAUGAAAACUAACAAGUGUUUUGCUAUUAGCAUAACUGCCACAUUGCUUUUGACAAAUAAAGUGAAUUCAUUGCUUCAGAAAUUCGCAAAUAGUGGUAUAUACAGGAUGUCCAUAAAGUCUAAAAAUUGAUCGAUGCCAUAUAUAUAUUGUUUCGGCCCUCACACUGGUUAUGAUAUAUUGAGAACUGACUUAAUAACAAAAUUAAAAUUGUAAAGGGACUUUAUGGACACCCUGUAUAUGUAUAUUAAUCCCAGAAUAUUUUACAUAAACCUGCAUGAUAUAAGUAUUUAUAACUUCUAUUCCUUUGCUGAAAGCUGGGUUUUUCAGAAGUCAAAAACAUUUUUAGAGUUAAAUGACAAUACAAUCAAUGUUUUGUUGUUUAUACUAUUGUCGUAAUUGGUAUUACAUGAUAUAUUACUAUAACGUCAAACCACUGACCCUAUUGCGACAACAUUUUGGUGCUUCCUUUUUUUCGACGCGCAUAAAUAUAUCAACCCAAACAAUAACUAUAAAAAUAUCUCACUGAAGGCGUUGUGUGUUUGGUGUGACACAAAAAAAGACAGAAACAAUACAAGAAUUUCUCUUCAUGGGUGGAUUAAGUUUUUGAAAUUUUUUGCAAACAAUGUAAUAAUGUAGUAUUGUAAUGGGUUGAUAUUAUUUAUGUUUAGGUAAAUACUAAUAGGUCAGUAUUAUUCAUUUAUUAUGUUUCAAUUUUUAUCCUCAACUUUGUUUCAAAUUCAAACUUUUUCGUCGAAAUAAAAAUAAAAUCAA